AUGAAGAGUUAUCUUGCCUUAUUUUGCUUGAGCCUGGGUGGAUCGCAAAUUGCGCAAGGGUUUGUCGCACCCCAAAACAGUGGAUUCCGAGUUUCAACUACGAUCAAGAACUCAUUUGAUGUUUUUUCUGAAGAACUUGCCAACGAAGAGAGUUCAUCGGCACGAAGAUCACUCAUUCAUUCCGCAGCCGCGGCAUCAUUUUCAUUAGCUUUAGGGGGUGCAAUUGUACCAGCUGUAAAUGCUGAUGUUGGGACCUUGCCGGAAUUUGGUGAUAGUGAAGCGAUCAUUCAGGGACUAACAGUGAACGUUUCUGAUAAGUCGCAAUUGGAUGGGAUGGUUGAGUUUCUUGUCAAAGGCUUCGACUUCCAAAUUUUGAGACAACGAAUUCGCGAUACGGUGGAGGAGAUUUGGCUUGGCUACGGUCCAGAACAACUUAGUAUCCCAGGUGACUUUGAAAUUCCUGUAUCUUCUUUUGCAAAGUAUGGUGGUCAUAUGUCUUUGAAACUGGUUCUUGAUUCAAGAGUUAUGAAACCGUUGUACAAGGGUGGUGAUGAUGCCCCUGGAAACAAUAUUGACUUCCUUCAAGUUGGAGUUCCGGGGUAUCGUAUUUCCCAAAUGGUUGCUUCUGGAGGCAAGAUCCUUGAUGCGUACGGACUUGUAAACGUUGUAUCCCCAAGUGGUUUUCCUAUGAGAGGUAUUGUUGGAAUCACCCCAGACCCAAUAAUGCUUGUCGCCGUCAACUGCAAAGAUGUGAAGGAAAGCAAAGCGUUUUAUGAAAAGUUGGGCUUUGUCGAGCAGGAGUAUCCCUAUUCACGUCCAUCGAAAGGUACCACAAUAUUUGAGCCAGCUCCUCCCGCGAAAUCGGUUUAUAUGGCACCUUCGGCAGGCUGCAUGGGUGUUCUUCUUCAACCAACAAAGAAGAGGAUUACGCCCAAUCCAGCCGUCGAGUCUCUGAAUAUCGUAUACAAUCCAACCAACGGCAACGAUGGUGAUGGUCUGUUGCUAACAGACCCUUCAGGAUUGGGAAUUCGUUUCAUGUCGGCGAGUACUUUCACAGAAGAGGAAAAGAAGACCAGGUAG